AAUCAAUUUAUUACCUAUCUGCUUUGCACGGAAGUCGAAAUUUUUGCGGACGCAUUAUGUAUUUGUUUAUGUUUCUGCGACUCGUAGGUUAUGCCAUUGUAAAAUGAAUAACUGUAUUCAGGGCAAUAAGUGGGUAUGAAAGUACUAGAAAAAUUUGUUUAACGUAUCAGCGUAAUUCAAUAAUUUAUUUAAAUACUUCUUAUUAUUAAGGACAAGUUGUCUGAUUUACUAGGAGUUUUCGUUUAUGUGAUUCCUAGUUACACGGCCUUCGUGUAAGGUGCCGAGCUUUAUUAUCGAUUAAAGAGAGAGGGACUCACUUCGUUCCACUCAAUUGUUUAUUGCCUCAUCGCUUCGGGCGUCGUGAAUUUGCUAUUUACAUGACAAUUUUACGAGAUUGGAACUCGUUGUUGUGUGAGAAAUUAAAGUUUAAAAACAACAAGUAUCAAGUUGAUGUUAUUGUAGAGAGUUGACAACUUUUCUUUGCAAGCAUGGUAUUAACGAAGGAAUACCGCAUAUGCAUGCCGCUUACUACGACAGAGUAUCGAAUAGGGCAACUUUACAUGAUUGCAAGGCAUAGCCAUGAGCAAUCAGCUAAUGAUGAAGGAGUUGAGGUGAUUGAAAAUGUAGAAUGUGAUGAUGCUGAGCAUGGAAAGGGCCAGUAUACGGAGAAAAGGAUUCAUUUGUCUAGUAAAUUACCCUAUUGGAUUCAGUCAUUCCUUCCAAAAGUAUUUUAUGUAACGGAAAAGGCAUGGAAUUAUUAUCCUUUUACUAUCACAGAAUAUACUUGUUCUUUCAUUCCUAAGUUCCAAAUAUCAAUAAGGACUGUAUACGAGGAUAAUAAUGGGUCUACAGAAAAUUGCUUAGGUCUUUCCCCUAUCGAGCUGAUACAUCGUGAGGUUGAUUUUGUAGACAUUGCAUAUGAUGAAAUCUCUGCAAAGCAUUACAAAGAGGAAGAGGAUCCAAAAUAUUUUCAGUCCAAACGAACUGGUCGUGGACCAUUAGUAGAGGGAUGGCGGGAAACAACACAACCCAUAAUGUGUUCUUAUAAAUUAGUUCAUGCUUCUUUUGAAGUUUGGGGCAUGCAAACUAGAGUGGAAGAGUUAAUUCAUAGAUGUAUAAGAGAUAUUUUAUUGUUGGGCCAUCGACAAGCAUUUACAUGGAUCGAUGAGUGGUAUGAUAUGACAUUGGAGGAUGUUCGGCAGUAUGAGCAAAAGAUGCAAGCAGAGACCAAUGAGAAAAUCAGGCUCAGAACUCAGGAAAAUGAGAAAUCCAUGACACCUACUACACCAAACACAUCGAUACCAUCUUCGCCAGUACCUAAAUCCCCCACGCAGUCUAGUCGAUCAUGGUUUUCUUGGUCAUAGCCUCAAUUUUAAAGAAUACGAAAUAGCAAUACGCUAGCCUAACUAGGGAAUGAAAUUAAAUUUGUGCAAAUAAACAUUGGCGUUUUCGAUUAUGCGUGUAUGUAUGUAUUAUAGCCGGGUACCUGUAACUGGAAUUUCGAUCUUUUAAAAUUUGCGAGUUUCAAUUUGCAAAACUCCAAGUUUUAAAACAGGGAAAGAACUUUAUUCUCUACGUUUCAUUUUCAAAUCGUUUACUUUGUAUAAAAACGAACGGAACGUUACUUAUCUAUAGGGUGUUCAAUAUUUUUAUAGCUUAAAUAGACUGUAACAAUAAACAGGGGGUUAGGUACGAGCAACAUUUUAAAGAGUACACUAAUUUUUUAUGGUGCAGGUUUUCUUGACUUCGAUCAUUGUUAUUAUUACUAUUCCAGUCAAUGUAAUUAAAACUACUGCUUAUAUUUCCAGCUCAUACACAAGAGUAGAUACCCAAGCCAGGUAUCUACCACGUAUAAUCAGGAAAGAAUUGUGAGUGUAAUAUACCAUUGGCGAGGCUUAAAAAUAACCACAGAAAUCAUUGUGAAGCAUUCUGAUGCUUGUUAAUACCACAUAUACUGGCUUAAGGUAUCUCUAUGUAUAAAAUGUUGUAAAAAGUAAAUGAUAGCAUGUAGCGCAAGGACUGUGAAAUACUCUGACUGCACAAAAAUAUGUAUCUAUGUAUCCUUCUUCGAACAUAUACUGUCAAAUGAUAAUGGCACUAACUAAUCCUGUUCUUUAAUAACGGCAGGGCUCAGUGUUAGUCGAAUUGUAUAAUUUUUGUUCUCUCAAUUGACAAAAUGACCCAAACGUACAGAGAUAAGGGAAACAGAGCAGGAACUUUAAUUUCGAAUACUCGUGUCUUAUAUUAGUGAAUCGAAACCACCGAUAAUUUAUUUGUGUCUCGUUCCUUCGUUGUUCGUGUUCACUCGUUUCGAUUCAAUCUCGUCUGAAAGUUUCGCGGGACCAAAUGUAUUGAAACGAAGGCGGGAAGCACAAGAACUCGCACAUCAGCGUACACAUAAUAUUGUUAUUGAUCAAAAAAUUGCAGUUAGCACAACCUCGUGCCACGGUGACACCUUUCGAUGCGAUCGUUCAAGUAUGUUACAAUUAUUUUUAUGGCGCGAGGGAAAAAACGUUGACGUUGUGUUGCUUUCAGACACCGCGAACUGUUUAAUUAAUUAUCGCUCGUUAUGUAUUUAUAUGUACUCGAAUAAACGUUUC